UGCAGCCAAAGCAACGGGAGCUGGAGAGGGGGCCGGGAGACGGUCUGCCACUUGCCGGGGCGCGAUCGCUGUUUGGUGUUUUUUCUUUUUUUGCAAAACGCGAUCCCUCCCUCUCUCUCGUGGAAGCCGGCCCGGCUCGCCCUCUUAAUCUUGGGGAAAGAAAACUGAUUUCCCGUCGGAGAUAUAUAUAUAUAUAUAUAUAUAGUGGAGCCUGGCGCCAACUUACAUAGCCUCUUGAUCCGGGUUUCCCUGGCCGGCUUUUCGCUUCCAGUUCUUUUUUUUUUCUUCUUCUUCUUGGGGGUGAAACAAAACGAGGUUUACCAAAAUGCCAGCCGAUACGAUGGAAAAACCCACCGCUUCGCCGAUCGCCGGAGCCCCGGCCAGCUCCAGCCAAACCCCAGAUAAACCCAAGAGCGCCAGCGAGCACAGAAAGUCCUCCAAGCCCAUCAUGGAGAAGCGACGGCGGGCACGGAUUAAUGAAAGCCUGGGCCAGCUCAAGACUCUCAUCUUGGAUGCGCUGAAGAAAGAUAGUUCCAGGCACUCGAAGUUAGAAAAAGCAGAUAUCUUGGAAAUGACAGUAAAACACCUGAGAAAUCUCCAAAGAGCCCAGAUGACAGCUGCUCUGAGUGCGGAUCCUACCGUCUUGGGCAAAUACCGAGCUGGAUUUAAUGAGUGCAUGAACGAAGUCACUCGUUUCCUCUCCACCUGCGAAGGGGUGAACACGGAGGUCCGCAGCCGGCUCUUGGGCCACCUUUCCACUUGCCUGGGUCAGAUUGUGGCCAUGAAUUACCCGCCUCCGCCGCCCCCUCCUCCUCCUCAGGCCACCGGUGGACAGCCUGCGCAUUUGGCCCAACCUCUGCAUAUCCAGCUGCCAGGCCCAGCAGCUGCAGCUGGAGUCAUGCCCGGGCCGUGCAAACUCAACCCUAGUGAAAGUUUGUCUCCCAAAGUCUACGGGGGCUUCCAGCUGGUACCGGCGACCGACGGCCAGUUCGCUUUCCUCAUCCCUAGCCCGUCCUUCCCACCUAACGCCGGACCCAUGGUUCCGCUCUACGCCAACACGAACAUGCCCGUUUCCUGCAACGGUUCAACGGCGACUCCUUCGGUAUCGCCAGUGCAAGGCCUCACAUCUUUUGGGGGCAGCUUAGCCCCCAUUUCUCAAGCCGGAGGAGAACGUCAUGAAACGGUUUGGAGACCUUGGUGACUUCCCCUCGUCCUGCCCCUCCGCACAGAAAAAAAAAUUCUGACUUAUUUUCAACCUGUGGUUCCGUUGUAUGGAGCCUGGACUUCUAUUUUGUUGGCUGAAUCCCCUCCCCCACAAAAAAACCAACAACAACUCAUAUUUAUUCAUUUCCAAAGGGGUUGGUAUGCCAAUUUGUAUUUUUCAUCCUUUUUUUAAAAAACAGACAACUACAACCACGUCCUGUGAAAAUAUUUUCUUUUUUAAAAAAAGAAAAAAAAAGUUAGUUUUGUAUCAAAUAUUUGUCAUGUACUAUGCCAAAGCUUGUUUAUGUCUGUCUUGAGACUUUUCUGUUUUUAAAAAGAAUGCUGGAAGAUGUUUGUACAAAUAAAACUUUUUCUUGAAUUAAA